AUGGACGCACAGUUUCUGCUCAUGAACGUCACUCCCGAUGAUAAGCGCAUUACUCUUCCCAAGGGCAGCUUCAUGAUCCCUACAUUCUGCGAUCUGCAUCUUCAUGCGCCUCAGUAUCUGUACCAGGGAACUGGCCUUGACCUUCCGCUCAUGACUUGGCUAUUCGAGUACGCAUACAAAGCUGAACGGCGUAUCGAUUCUGAUCCGACAUUGGCGAAGCGCGUUUAUGAUCGGUUGGCUGAACGGCUCAUCGAACACGGGACUGGGGCUGUAUUGCUAUUUGGUACAAUCAAGACCGAGUCAAACCUCAUACUCGCGGAGGCUAUGGAGCAAGCCGGCUUGCGCGCAUUGGUCGGCAAGCUCUCGAUGGAUCGCUCUUCGCUCCCGGAUUACACAGAGCACGACUGCGCAUCAUCUCUGAUGGCCGCAGAGGACUUCGUGAAGCAGAUGAACGUACGCAAUCAGGCGAAGGAAGAGCAUCUUAGGCUGGUUGAGCCUGUACUGACGCCGCGCUUCGUGCCCACGUGCUCAAACGAGCUGCUACAUGGGCUCGGUGAUAUCGCGCAGCGCACUGGCGCUCGCGUACAGAGUCAUCUUGCCGAAGCCCAUGAUCAAGUUGCAUGGGUCCGUGGUGAGCGCGGUAUGGAGGACUGCGACGUCUUUGAACAGGCAAAACUGCACACUCCGAGGACAGUGCAAGCUCACUGCACGUAUCUCACCUCUACCGAGCUCAGUCGCCUAGCCGCAGCCGGUACAGCAAUCGCACACUGUCCGCUAUCCAACGCCUACUUCUCAGCCCGCCCAUUCCCGCUACGAGAAGCGCUCUCAGCGGGCGUUCGAGUUGGUUUGGGGACAGACAUCGCCGGAGGUUACUCUGCCGACAUCAUGUCUGCUAUGCGCUGGUCCGUGGGAGUUGCACGCAUGCGCGAUGGUACCCGGAUCGAGGCGAUGGGUGGAAUGGAUCUGGGACUGGAUGACUCGAGAAGGAUAGACUGGAAGGAGAGUCUGUAUCUCGCUACUAAAGGGGGAGCAGAAGCCCUGGGGUUGAAGUGCGGUGCCUUCUCAGUCGGUAGCCCAUUUGACGCCCAACUCAUUCAUCUGUACGAUGGAGAGACGUCGAAAGGCGUAGGGCCUCUUGACUGGUUCGACUUGGACGCAGGUUCGGCAAAGCUGGAUCUAGAGAUGAUUGAGAAAUGGUGGUGUCUAGGCGAUACGCGCAAUAGGGCUGCCACUACACAACAUUACUACGGGCAGCUCGGUAUGCCCCCAGCACAGUCUCUCGAUGGCUUCGCCGGCACGCAAGACCCAUCGCCGAUCUCGGAACACGCACUAGGCGGGCACCUGCACUCUACUCGGUCGCCAAUGAGCCUACACCCUAGCACGAUGCACAUGCCCAGUCUAUCUCGCCACGCCCAGAUGCGCAAGCGCCAUACAUGGGAUCUCGUAGCUGGCAUCCCGCGCGACGAGCCGUCUAUGAUGAACCUCUCAGACUCGACGCCUGGUAUUGGUCUCGAGAACAUGGCCAACCCUCUAUUCCUUUUUCCACACCGCAGCAACUCCCCGCCAGUUGCGCUCGGGUAUAGACUGCCCUUCAUCAUCCUGGCGGCCUUAACUGGUCUCAUCGUCCUCGCCGGCUCUAUAUCCAUCGCCUGGUACUACCGCGGGAAAGCGCGCCCGAAGCUGCGCAUGCUACGGUUGAAGGCGAAGAGUGCGGAGAAGACCAUGAGCUGGUCCAUGAUGCGGUCGAGUACGUCGAGCUCGGGCUCCAACAAGGUGGACGAUAGGAUGGAGGCCGAAUCCGUGCUUAAGCGCGUCACGGUGGUACUUGAUCGGAUGGCUCAACCAGAGGCCGCAUUCCGCAAUGAGAAGUACGCUGUGCUGCAACCCCAGUUCCCGCCGCUAGCCGUACUCCGCCAUGAUGUUCCCGGUACACGCCAUCGCCGACGUUCCCUAGCAUUGGCGGAGACACAGCGGAAGUCGAAGACGAUUGCAUCUUCUGCGCUUCCGCGCCUUCCCUCCUUGGCUCCAUCUCCCGCCCUUUUCACGAUCAACGAGGACGAGGAGCGGCGCGCCGCCGAGAAGCUGUUGCAGACGCCGAAGCCGCCUGGUCUGCCGAAGUCGUCAUCAAGUCCCGCCGCCGUUCAGACUCAGAAACCUGGGCCACGCUCAUCUUCCAUGACAAUGGGACUCGGCUUCAUCGCCGGAAUGGCGAAUGUGAUCAUCGAUGCGGCUUCCACGUCUUUGGCUUCUCUCUCCUCCUUGGAGUCUAUAGAUCUUGCGGACCAGGUGUACGACGGCAUUGAGGCUCCUUCGGCUUCUAAGUCCGCGAGUCAGAAACCCAUGCACACGUCCCCCAUGCCAGAGGCCAUCUCCUUCGCAUCCACGCCUACGCCAAGCGCAUCCGAAUCCCAUUCGUACUUGACCGACGAAGCCUCGCUCUUCACUCCGUCGCUCGCGUCUGAUCUCGCCGAAUACCAGGUGCAGCAUGUGCAGAAGUUCGAACGCCUCAGUGGAGAGCUCAGACGCGCGUCUCUCAUCUCGUUCCCCGAAGUAGCCCUCGAGGGCUCGAAGCAGUUCCCGUCUGUCGUCGUCACUACGUCGCCCAGCAUCGCGGAGGUGGACGUCCGCCGUGCGUCAAUGGCCUUGGAGAUGGCGGCGGCCAGCAGCCAGAGCUCCACCGCAACUGCGAGCACCUAUGCCUGCCUUGAUGACUUUCCCGCUCCGCCUACGGCCCGCAUGUCGCUAUCCGACGAGAUUGAGAGUUCGCUUCCGGGAAGCUUGGGAUGGAAGAGGGUACUAUCCGCUUCUGACCCGGACUUGACGCGUUCGGUGGCAGAGGAGAAAGGAAGAGAGAAGGAAGCAGGAUUCGCGAAGCUUGUGAGGGCUAGCGAUCCACCACGCCUGAGCGGGCUCGGGCUGGGGUUGAGCUUCCUGAGAUAG